AUGCUCAUAAUCUAUUUAUUUAUACCUUCACUACUCCUAUUAGAUGUUGUUAUAUGUACUUCCGAAGAACCUGAGGUAACCUUUGAACAAUUGUACAAAUAUGGCAAAAAUGAGUAUACGAACGGUAACUGGAAUGACUGUAUUUCAUUCUUUUUGCGAUCAAUCGAGGAUUUCGAUUAUUUUGUGGAAGAAAAUGUGUGGUGUCGCGAGAAGUGUGCACGACAGCAUAAAAUAAACAGGCAGACAGAAUUAAAAGAUGCCGGAGAAGAUAUUGCGGAGAUAGCAAUGAUGUACGCAAAUGCGCAACAUGCAUUGUGCUUAUUCCGGUGUAAAAAUGACCGGCUAACAUCAAUGAGACCUCCAGUAAAUGAUCCUGAUAUUUUUGAGGAGUUCCAGGCCAAAAAGCCAUAUCAAUAUCUACAGAUUUGCUACUGGAAGCAAAAAGAUUUAGCAUCAGCAGUAAGAAGUGCCUAUACAUAUUUGGUGGCAAAUCCGAAAGAUCAGGAAACGUUGGAUAAUUUAGCAUUUUACAUGGAACAAGAUGGGUAUAAUGAAGAUAUGCUUAUCGACGCUCGACAAAUGAAAUAUGAGGCAAGCUAUAUGCGAGGUGUCAAAGCAUACAACGAUGAAGAGUGGCAAUUGUGUGUUAAUGAAUUCGAAACUUCAGUGAAGCAGUUCUUUGAAGAAGAGCAAAAAUGUCGACAUAUUUGCGAAGAUAAAUUAAAUUGGGAAACGUUUGAUAGUGCCAAUCCGGAAAUCACUAUUAUUGUCACAAGUUUAUAUUUGUCAGUAUUACGAUGUAAACAUGACUGUGUUGAGAAGUUGUCACGAGUAAAUGGUCAUGAUGUUGGCUUCAUUCUUCCAACAUAUUUCGAAUAUCUUCAUGUUUGCUACUACAAGUUGAAUCGUGGAAGAGAUGUAUGCGAAGCCGUUGCGAAUAGCAUUCUACUGAAUCCAAGCAAUCCCAUUAUGCGUCGCAAUAGGCUUUUCUAUUCAAAAACAUACCAAAAUGAUGAUCUUUUCAAACCUUCUGGUGAAAUUGUCGAAUUUCAUAAGCGAUAUGCAAUUGAACGAUUGUUCUUGGAGUUCGUCGAUGAACGUUUCAAAUUCGAAAACAAUGAGUUAUCCGCAGAAAGAGUAGAUGACCGUCUUCCGCUGGAAAUAAACGUACCUAUUAAUGAUGAUUUCGACUAUUCGGCGAUCGAAAGGGAUAUGUUCAGCGAGGGAGAAUGCUCGGCACUGGCAAUAGCGGCUAUAUUCGAAACAAGAACAGCACAACAGAAGCAAUUAUUAGUCGAUCUGACUGAUCGAAUGGCAUCACGAUAUAGAAUCCAAACUUUAUUCCAUUCUCUCACUUGUUCUCCGGACAUCACUGCACCAAAAUGUCCUCACCGCGCACUCAUUAUUUCCAUAGAUCGUUCAAGUUGUGGUAAAUUCCUAACUGAUCCACAACCAAACUCCUGUGUCCUUAUUUUUUGCGUUGGCUAG